UCCCGGGCACCUGUAAGCCUCUGACGGGGGCACGCACGCUGACGCACGCGCACGCACACGCACGGCCCGGCUGGCGCGCGCAGCCUCACUGGACCGGUGCCUGGCGCUGCGCAGGGCGAUGGGCGGAGCCAAGGAGGAGGCGGGGCGGCGGCGCUGGCGGCCGAGCGGGGAACCUCCGAGGGUCCUGCCCUGCGGGCGGCGGCGACAUGGAAGCCGAGCCGGGGCGCGAGUUCGUGCUUCCGAGCCGAGUGCAGGACGAGGGCGCGGCGGCCCUGACCGAGUUCGCGGCGAUGCACGGCCCGGCGCUGCGCUCGUCGGGAGUCCCCGAGCGGUACUGGGGCAGCCUUCUGCACAAGCUGGAGCACGAGAUUUUCGACGCUGGGGAGAAGUUCGGGAUAAUGCAGGUGGAGGAGGCGGAGGACGAGGAGGAGGAGACCGCCAGGGAAGCACCGAGGAAACGGCCCAACCCGGGGGGUGAGCUGUGCUACAAGGUCAUCGUGACCAGCGAAAGUGGGCUCCAGGCUGACGACCCUAACAGCAUCUUCCUGAUUGACCACGCCUGGACCUGUCGCGUGGAGCACGCGCGCCAGCAGCUGCUGCAGGUGCCGGGGCUGCUGCACCGCAUGGCCAACCUGAUGGGCAUCGAGUUCCAUGGCGAGCUGCCCAGCGAGGAGGUCGUGGCGCUGGUGCUGGAGGAGAUGUGGAAGUUCAACCAGACCUACCAGCUGGCCCACGGGACCGCCGAGGAGAAGGUGCCGGUGUGGUACAUCAUGGAUGAGUUCGGCUCGCGGAUCCAGCACGCAGAUGAGCCCAGCUUCGCCACGGCACCCUUCUUCUACGCGCCCCAGGGGGUGGCCUACACGCUGCUGUGGCCCCUGAGGGGCCUGGACACAGGCGAGGAGGUGACCCGGGACUUUGCCUACGGAGAGGCAGACCCGCUGAUCCGGAAAUGCAUGCUGCUGCCCUGGGCCCCCGCCGACAUGCAGGACCUCAGUGCCUCCACGCCCGAGCCGCCCGCUGAGUACUACCAGGCCAUUCUGGAGGAGAACAGGGAGAAGCUGCCUCUUGCCAUCAGCCCAGCGCCCUACCCCCAGGAUCACGUCUUCAGGGUCCACACGGACGUGCAGCAGGUGCUGGACCACCUCUCGCACCCGCGCUUCACCUUCGUCGAGAGCGAGACGGAUGCCGACAUCCUCUACCACUUCUCCCACUUCAAGGACUACAGGAAGCUCAGCCAGGAGCGGCCGGGCGUGCUGCUGAACCAGUUCCCCUGCGAGAACCUGCUCACGGUGAAGGACUGUCUGGCCUCCAUCGCACGCAGGGCUGCGGGGCCCGAGGGCCCUGCCUGGCUGCCACGCACCUUUAACCUGCGCACUGAGCUGCCGCAGUUCGUCAGCUACUUCCAGGGGCGCGAGAGGCGGGGUGAGGACAACCACUGGAUCUGCAAGCCCUGGAACCUGGCCCGCAGCCUGGACACCCAUGUCACCAGGAGCCUGCACAGCAUCAUCCGGCACCGGGAGAGUACCCCCAAGGUCGUGUCCAAGUACAUCGAGAGGCCCGUCUUGUUCCUGCGCGAGGACGUGGGCAGCGUCAAGUUUGAUGUCCGCUACAUCGUGCUGCUGCGCUCCGUGAAGCCGCUCGGGCUCUUUGCCUACGACGUGUUCUGGCUGCGCUUCUCCAACAGACCCUUCGAGCUCAAUGACCUGGAUGACUACGAGAAGCAUUUCACCGUCAUGAACUAUGACCCGGAUGUGGUGCUAAAGCAGAUGCACUAUGACGAGUUCAUCCCCAAAUUCGAGAAGCAGUACCCGGAGUUCCCCUGGAGCAGUGUGCAGGCCAAGAUCUUCCGCGCCUUCACCGAGCUGUUCCAGGUGGCAUGCGCCAAGCCGCCACCCCUGGGCCUCUGCGACUACCCCUCGUCCCGGGCCGUGUAUGCCGUGGACCUCAUGCUGAAGUGGGACACCCGCCCGGAUGGGUCUCAAGCCAUGCAGCCGCAGAUCCUGGAGGUGAACUUCAACCCCGACUGCGAGCGCGCCUGCCGGUACCACCCCUCCUUCUUCAACGACGUCUUCAGCACCUUGUUCCUGGACCAGCCUGGCGACUGCCACGUCACCCGCCUCGUCUAGGCCGCGUGGCCCCUGCCACCUGUGCCGGAGAGGCCCUUCCAGUGCCCCUGCGCAGCUUCUGCAGAGCCCCUCCCCGGCCCUCUGGGACCACUGUCCCCACCACGGUCAGGGCCCUGCGCACUGAGACGUGUCCCUGUCCUUGAGAGCUCACCCCUGCCUCAUUGCAGAGGUCUUAGUGGGGAGACGGGCUCCUUGGAAACCCUGGCACAUCUGUCUGCACCCGAGGGGCUGCGUGAUGGCCCCAGAACCGAACUGCCUGGGGGAACGGCCUGUCACCCUUAGACCCCAGCCACUCAUGGCAGACCGGUCACCGGCAACACCGCAGCUUGGGCGGGCACUGAGCCAGGGUGGGCCUGGCCUCCGGGAAGCUGCCCGUUGUCCUGGGGCCUCCCUGUCUGCUGGGGACCAGACCAGGGGCCUCGGCCAAGCCUGGGUGCUGAUGUGACCCCAGGAGAGCUUUGUCCGCCUCCUGCAGAGAUCUAGAAUCAAAAUGUUGGGUUGAUCUUCUUUUUAACUUAUGCAAUUAAAAAUGCAGAAUUUUAGCUCUUUCCUAAUUUCAUGUUUUAUGAAGCCACAGUGCACCUCAGGUGGCUGACCCUGACCCCCACAGUGGCCAGAGCUGUUUCCAAAGCGGCUGUUCAUUUUUGAAGCUAAAACCAGCCCUUCCCGAGGCAGAGCCGGACUCCGCUGUCUGGGCUCCUCUGGGUUCCCUGCCUUGCUGGAUUGUACCGCAAUAAAGUCAAACUUUCAA